AUGGCUCCAAAGCGCUCGCAGGGGGAUGAAAGCCCUACCUCUCCUCAAAAGAGCCUCAAAAUUGAACACUCCCCGGACUCUCACCCCCAGGACUCCUCCAAUUCGGUCAAAAAGAAGUUGUCCAGUUCCACACGGACUGGGCAAGCCUGCGACCGUUGCAAGGUACGCAAGAUACGAUGUGACGGCAGACCUGGUGCCUGCUCGCCUUGUGCGCAAAACAACACGCCGUGUAAAACUACAGAUCGCAUCACCGGCCGAGCGACUACUCGAGGCCAUACUGAACAUCUCGAAGCAGAAAACGACUAUCUGAAGCGUAUAAUCGCCGACCUUCAAUCUCAGCUGAGGGACACAGGAGCUGAUGUCAAGCCGCUUCAGCCCUUCCCUGCAUACGUUGAACCAUCGGCGCAGACACAGCAUGUUUCGUGGGCACACCCAGAUCGCACUGGCAAUGUAGGAGACCAAGCGACUCGACAUCUCACACCAUCAUAUUCGUACGAGGACCCAAGUUCCGAAGGAACUAAGACAUCUCAACCAGAUGGCCUAGCCUCAGGUGGUUUACCCACAUUCAGAACAGGAUGCUAUGGGGAUAACUAUCUGGGCAUAUCGUCAACAGAUUCUGUACUUAGCCCUAUCAAAGGCACCUCCUUAUCUAUAUUCGGAGUUGAGCUCAAUCUGACAGACUUCGUACCACAAGACGAAGAUGAGGAGGCUUCACCGACUUCGUACCAGACUUUCCUACGAGUUGCCCUCGGUCGAGCACAUGUUGACAAAUUAAACUUUCCAGAAGAAAAGGAGCUGCGUCAAUUCAUGACAUGGUACUUCCGUUCACUACAUCCUUAUAUGCCUGUAUUCCAUAAGCCUGCCAUUAUGAACCUCGUGUGGAAAGUAUACAAUGACAGUUCAUUCCAACCUACUGCGGCACAGACUGCCAUCAUUCACAUGAUUCUUGCCAUGAUCAAAUACCAGAUAUCGACACGAAAUACACAACCCGACCUUCUGGGAGAAGCUCAUAAACACUAUCUGUUUGCCAUCAGUCAUUUCCCGGAUCUCCUUCUCAGUCAUACUUUAGAGGAUGUUCAAGCACUGGCGUUAUUGUCUAUCCAUAUGCGCAACCUCCCUAAACCUGGAGCAGCAUGGCUAGUCACGAGUAUCGCGUUUACCGUAGCGAUCGAGCUUGGCUUACAUCGUUCAACAAAGUCGUGGGUAGAAUCGACUCAAAUGAGUCAACAGAUGGUCGAGCUACGAAAGCGUGUCUUCUGGGCACUUUUUGCGCUUCUCAUAGGCUUAAGUGGCAGACUUGGUCGGCCGAUGCCUCUCCGCCCGGAAGACAUCGAUGUCGAGUUCCCUCUUCCACUAAACGACACCGAUGAAGGUGACGGCAAACCUCUGGAGAAGUUCAGCGACUGCUCUUUCCAGAUCGGACUGCGCACGCCAGGACUUGCUAACGUCGUCCACAAGAUGUAUAGCACAAUCUACUCAAUCCGUCAGAGCCCGCAGACUUACGAGAGAACGGUCAGAAACAUCGAAACAGAACUUGCUAAAUGGCGUGAAAGUAUGCCCAAGGAGUUUGCCGCCGACGUCGACGGGGGUGAGCAUUACAUAUUCGCACGCUAUACAUUGUGCUGGGAACAGGAAGUCAAGCUGCUCCUCCACCAUCCUGCAGUAUGCACCUCUACCAAUCCAGAUUUUGCCGAGUACAAUAUGUCUGCUUGCUUGCAAGCAGCAAGAGAUCUUGUCCAUGUUGUCGAUGAGCUUCGGCAGUACAAGAGCUUGGAUAUACCAUGGGUGAACGUCAUAGUAUAUCUUGCAGCAAUUUUCACUACGUUGUACAUAUAUACACAACACAAAAAAACAGUCACAUCUCAGGAGGUCACAGACCUGCAAGCCGAUAUGGACGUUUGGAUUCAGGUAUUGGAGGCUAUUGGUGAGAUAUAUGGUAAGACCAACAUUCAUUUUGAUAAUUUGCACCAUUUGUCUCACACGUUUCAGGUACGGGUGAUCGACUGCCUUCAGCAGUUCAAAAGAUCAUCGACCCUAGCAUGGCUGCCAUCAGUGCUCGUGUUGUCCAGACAUCAGCCAAUGCAGCAGUCGAUCAGUCUGUUGGCCAAAUAA